AUGGUUAAAGGACUGGACUCAAACCCUCGUGGACCCGAGUUCAGUUCCCCGCCGUGGCAGUUGCAAAAUGAUUGCGAGAAAACGAUAUAUCGCUUCGAGAGUUCAAACGCAGGUGUCUACCCGGAGGAGAAGGUCGAGCCAGAUCUUAUCACAUAUAAUUACCCGGAGGAGAAGGUCGAGCCAGAUCUUAUCACAUAUAAUUACGCGGAGGAGAGAGUUGAACCGGAUCUUAUCACAUAUAAUUACGUGGAGGAGAGGAUCCCGCCAGAUCUUAUCACAUAUAAUACCUCCCCAUAUUUUGGUGUUGCCAAUUAUCCCAACAAUUUCAAGUGUGGCCUUGUGGGAUCCUAUGAUGGACCUUUGAUGGCAAAGUACACGUUUAAUACUUUCCAACUGGAAGAUAAGUCGAGGCGACGAAUCGAAAUAUGCCAUGAUUACCUUGACAUCCCGAUACCCUUUAACAGAACCAUGAGGUUUUGCGGGAGCCAGAUGGGGUAUCUGAACGUGCCCAACUUCCGCUUCUUCACUCAAUUCGUGUCUGACUCUUCCAUCACUGACGUCGGGUUUAACAUCAGCAUCAGCUGGGAAGUAACCGACUGCCACCGUGUUAUCCAGCUCUCGAACCAAAACUCGAGAGGGACCAUCACGAGCCCGAACUACCCCAAAGCAUACCCCGAUCAGUCGGCGUGCGAGUGGUGGAUUGUGGCUCCAGUUGGCAGGAAAGUGUCUCUGGAGUUCAAAGACCUACGAGUAAGUGAUCCUGACUGUAAGGCUUUUUACGUCGUGGUUGACAAGUCUGGCAGCGGCGACUACUUUCCAGAGAACAGCGACUUACUUUGCAACGACAGGGGGCAUACCUUCAUUUCCGACGCGGAGAGCAUUAACGUUGCAUUCUACGGAAGGGCCAUGAGCACCGCAAGGUUUUCCGCCAUGUACAAGAUGCAGUGAGGUGCACCGUCGUUUCCUAAGCCAGGGGACGAUGUGUGUGUGUGUGCUUCUCUGGAAUAAAGUAGCAGUGUGUUACUUUAUCCUUUGCUCUUUAACUUGAUUGGAUUUCCAUUUGAUUCAUGGUCUUCCAUGUAAUUCUUGAUAAUAAAUAUUCAUGCAAUUCUUA